AUGGGAGCGCUACAGCCAAGGGAGCAGCUGGGGGCGAUCGGAGCACCCCAGAGAGAGCAGCAGCCAGGGGGGCAGCCGGGGGUGACUGGAGCACCCCUGGGAGUGCAACUGCCAGGGGGGCAGCCGGGGGUGACCGGAGCACCCCUGGGAGUGCUACAGCCAGGGGGGCAGCCGGGGGUGACUGGAGCACCCCAGGGAGCGCUACAGCUAGGGGAGCAGCUGGGGGUGACAGGAGCACCCCUGGGAAUGCUACAGCCAGGGGGGCAGCCGGGGGUGACCGGAGCACCCCAGAGAACACAGCAGCCUGGGGGGCAGCCGGGAGUGACCGGAGCACCCCAGAGAACACAGCAGCCUGGGGGGCGGCCGGGAGUGACCGGAGCACCCGAGGGAGAGCAGCAGUCAGGGGGGCAGCCGGGGGUGACCAAAGCACCCCACGGAGUGCUACAGCCAGGGGGGCAGCCGGGGGUGACCGGAGCACCCCGGGGAGUGUUACAGCCAGGGGGGCAGCCGGGGGUGACCGGAGCACCCCUGGGAGUGCUACAGCCAGGGGAGCAGCUGGGGGUGACCGGAGCACCCCUGGGAGUGCUACAAACAGGGGGGCAGCCGGGGGUGACCGGAGCACCCCAGGGAGUGCUACAGCCAGGGGGGCAGCCGGGGCCAGGGGAGCAGCUGGGGGCGAUUGGAGCACCCCAGAGAGAGCAGCAGCCAGGGGGGCAGCCGGGGGUGACCGGAGCACCCGUGGGAGUGCUACAGCCAGGGGGGCAGCCGGGGGUGACUGGAGCACCCCAGGGAGUGCUACAGCCAGGGGGGCAGCCGGGGGCGACCGGAGCACCCCUGGGAGUGCUACAGCCAGGGGGGCAGCCGGGGGUGACCGGAGCACCCCAGAUAGAGCAGCAGCCAGGGGGGCAGUCAUUGGACGACCGGGAGCAGCAGUUGGAGGAGUGGUGCCGACUUUUGGAGUUUGAUACCCCCAUGGCGACUGCGGAGGAGUCAGAGGCGGACGAAGAACCUCCCAUGCAGCCUUCCCCAUGCCCUCGUUUUCCGUGUGACACGUGUUUUCACACGUUCGCUACGCGAGGGGCUGCUCCGAACCACAUGAGGGUAUGCCGGGCGGCUGAGGCGGAGAGGCGCGCACAGGCACUUGGCUCGACCCCGUCACUGGUGGAGACCGGCACGCAGGAGCGACCGACGCCGCGGGAAUUUGGGGACGAGGCGUGGGCCGGGGUUACGUCUUGGGAAUGGGAAGCAUUUUUCAGUGUGGUGGCGGUUGGAGGGAGGACAGUGCGCCGGAUCCCACAGCGGGCUCGGCCGGGGGUCUUAGACGCGCUCUGUUGCGUCUUAAAGCGUUUGAAGAGCCGACCAGGGGAUGAAGCCGCUACCCUCCUACUCUUGGCUUUUCCGCGCCUCAUCCUAGCCGUGCCUCCCAAGCCAGGCAUAGGACAGAAGGCGCUGAUCAUAGAGCGGUUGGGGGCGUUUUGGGAGGGGAGGUGGCGGGAGCUGUUCGACUCCGCCAUGGUGGCGGCGCGGCCAGCAGUGCGCCCACUUGCCUACACUUGCUCUGACCAGGACCCGGAUGCCAUCCGCCUGUCACGGUGCCGAUCUCGGUGUAAAGUGGGAGAGUGGAGCCGCGGAUUGGCUUGCCUUACGGCAGGGGAGUUGGCCCGGCCGUCUGAGGCCAUGGUGCAGUCGCUGCGAGAGAAGCACCCUGGUAGCACUAGCGAGGUACCACAGUGGGUCCGUGAUUUCACCGUCGAUGCUCCUCAGCGGCCUCCACUCACGGCCGACAUCCUGGCCAGAACUAUCCAUACAGCCGCUCGCGCUUCAGCAGCAGGGCCAUCGGGGUGGGUCACGGAGCAUCUGCGCGACACCUUCCUCACUGAACCUUCCUGCCUUUCCCACCUGUUGGAGGUGUUCAACCAAUGGGUGGCGGGACAGGUCCCCGAGCGGGCUCGGCCCUGGCUCGCCGCAUCCAACCUAGUUGGGCUUUCCAAGCCUAACGGCGACGUCCGGCCGGUCGCGAUUGGGGAAGUGCUUCCGCGUAUCCUUGCUCGAGCUCUCUGCAUCUCGCUCCGCCCUACGAUGGCUUCCUACUUUCUGCCGUGCAACCAGCUGGGAGCGGGCACCAGGGCCGGGGUGGAGAUUCUUACCCAUUCUUUCCGGUCAGCGCUGGCUACUCACCCCGACUGGUGUGCGCUGCAGAUAGAUGUCGCGAACGCCUUCAAUUCGUUUCACCGUCAUGCGAUGUUUGAGGGGCUGCGGGAGUCGCCUUUCUCAGGGUUGAUCCCAUUCUUACGUGUUUUCUACGGGACACCUAGCGAUCUGUACCUCCGAGCGGGCCCUUUUGUACAGAGCCUUGAGUCGGCACGAGGAUCGCGGCAGGGGGACCCGCUCGGCCCUUUUCUUUUCGCGUUCACGCAGCAGCAGGUGAUGGAGUCGGUGACUAGAGAGUUCAGGGACCUACUUUUCCUGAGCUACGCAGACGAUACCUAUAUCCUGGGACCGGCGGCUAGGAUUCUAGAGGCGUUUGGGGUGCUGCGGGAGCGGUUGGAAUGGGUGGGGCUGGAGGUGCAGGCGCACAAGUGCCGGUUUUGGGAGCGCGAGGGCGGGGAUGUGGAGCGGGCAUUGCCAUUGGGGAUGCAGCGGGUGGAGGAGGGUCUCACUGUGGUGGGCGUGCCUAUUGGAGAGGAGGGUUGGGAGGUGACCCGGUUACGGGAGCGGCUUAGACAAUUGCAGGCGCCAUUGCCAUGGCUCCCCCUGCUCGACCACCCCCAGAUGGCUUCACAUCUCCUCGCCAUUGCAGUUUCAGCACGGCCGAUGUACCUGGCCCGGACUAUGCCGCCGCGUCCGGAGGUGGUGGAGGCCUUCAGGGAUUGGGAUAGCUGUCUGGAGGAUUGCUUUGAGCAGCUUUUCCCACCUGGCACUUGGGAGCAUGACCCCGACCGGUCUAGGCGCGCGCGCAUGCAGCUGCAUCUCCCUGUGCGACUCGGAGGGUUUGGGAUCCGGGCAGCAGCCUCUUUGAGUCCGCUGUCCUAUGUUUGUGGGUGGGCGCAGGCUGCGCGUGAUAUUGCACAGUUGGGGGUGGCGGGCGAGGAGGCGAUGUUUGCGGAGUACCUCACCACUUCGGCAGGGGCGGAGUUUCUUGACCCGUGGUUUGCCAAGGCUCUUGAGCAGCUGCCUGCGACUAUACGCCAGGAGAUGCCGGGCUUACCUCUGUGCGUAGCGGCCCCUCCUCUUCGGCUUUUCCAGGCGCGGCAGCGGUUGUUGGCGGUAGAGGAGCUCCAGAAACUGCGUCGCUCGGCUCGUGACGAUGCCACCCUGGCCCGUUUCACAUCCCUUCAGGGCCCGGGGGCUGGUGCAUGGGUUUCGGCGGUUCCGGCUCACUCAGAUCUCACAUUCACUGCGGCGGAGUGGGGCAUUGCUGCUGCUAUACGGCUCGGGCUCCCAAUUCAGCAGCUGCAGGUGGCGGGGAGGUGUGUUUGUGGCACAGCAUAUGUUGACCCAGCAGACCCGCAUCAUGCCCUGAGAUGCAAGCACCAGCAUGGUCCAUCUCGGGUACAUGAUGAGGUGAAGUUUGUGGUGGCGAAGAUCUCUAAGGCGUCUGGGGGGGUGGUGACAAUGGAGGAUAGUGUGGUGCUGCAGGGGAAGCGGGUUGAUGUGGCGCAGGGAGAUGCGCACGUGGGGCUAGCUGUGUCGCGGGGGGCUUGUCGGGAGGACGACACUGUGUUUUCGGCUUAUCUUCUAGGGUCACUGAAGGCGCUCAUCGGGGUGGCGUUGCAACGUGCGCAAGCCCGUGUCAUCCUGCUUCGAGAGGCGUCUUCUAUGGGGGGGAUUAACGUUGACUUGGUGGACCGGGAGUGGGACGAUGGCGAUGCGGAAGGCGGGGCUCUCUGGGUGGAGGCCCCGUACAUGGUGGAUUCGGUGUUGUGA